CUCACCUCCUGCCGAGAUGUCCUGCCAGCAGAAUCAGCAGCAGUGCCAGCCUCCUCCCAAGUGCCCCUCACCCAAAUGCCCCCCGAAGAGCCCAGCACAGUGUUCCCCUCGAGCCUCCUCAGGCUGUGCUCCAAGCUCCGAGGGUGGCUGCUGCCUGAGCCACCACAGGCGCCGCAGGUCCCACCGAUGCCGACGACGGAACUCCAACUCCUGUGACAGGGGCAGUGGUCAGCAGUCCGGGGGCUCCGGCUGUGGCCAGGGCUCUGGGGGCUGCUGCUGAUCUGGGCUCUGGAUGCUGAGACAAGCAAUUUUAGAGGAAACAAAAAUUCCAAGGACCAUCUCAGCCUGGUGUGUUCCCUCUCAAUAUCCGCCUCUCCAUGCCCUUGGCCAGCACUGAGAUGCUCCUGGACAGCGGCUGGGCUUUCCUCAGUGGCUCUUCCUAUCCAUCUCCAGGAGCCCACAGAAUGACCGCCUUGGUAUCUGCCAGAACUUGCAAUAUCUGCUCCAUCAGUUGUCAUCACCCGUGUCCAACCCUAUGAAGAAAUAAAGUUUUUGUUUCCUUAG